AUGUUUCAGAAUGGUAAUAAACCACCUACGUCAUUACUACUAUUCUAGUGGGUAGUUUUGACUGGACUUUUCUCACUAAAUGCAAAUGCUAGUCUUUCUUGCUAAGAUGGCUUUUAUUUUAACUCUACUCUAGAUUAAUGCACAAAGUGCGAUGGAUGCCCCAUGAAUUUAUGUAUAGGUUAAAAUAUUUGUGCAUUAAAACUAGAUAGCUUCUUCUUCGACCUUGAGAGUUUACAAAGACUCUAGGUUUGCCCUCCUGAUAAAAUUAGUGCUUAAUUACUUUUAAAUGAUACUCGAAUAUUUGUUAAUUCCUAAUCUAAUCUCUAUCUUGAGCUUGGAACAGAGAAAUUUCCUUAUAAAUUCAUCUAACAUGCAUUGAAAGAAGUAUUCAACUAUUUACCAGCGGAUUAAAUAGGUAUUUAAAUACUGAUAAAAUAGAAUACAACGCUAAGUAUGGAAGUUUUAUUAGAAAAAUAAUAUGUCAAUGGAGCUAAAAACUUGACGGUCAGGACAUAUGAUGAUAAUAAUUAAAAUAAUUUGGGUUAGAUUUCUCAAAUCGUAGUUAAAAAUGGCAUUUAAUUUAGAGAAUCAGAGUCAACCUAUUUUAAUCUUAUGGGCAUAAACUAUUAGACUAAUAAGCUUAAUUUCUUAUCAGACAAUUAUGAAACAGUCAAUGAUAAAAACGAGUUAAUGCAUGGCUGGGAUAUUCAAUUCAAUAGAAUUACCUUCGAUAAAAUGAUAUUUGAUGGUCAAGGAUCUAUUUUUUCUUCAUUAAUGCCCAUGAACUUCAAUUUAACAAAUACCAUUGGUGAUAUAAAAAGAGCAACUUCUAUAAAAAUUGACAACAUUACCACUGAAAAUUUAUACAUUUAAGGUCAAGUAUAUAUUUUCAGGACUUCAGGAGCACCACUAAGUAUGACGAAUUUCAAAAUAAAAAAUGUGACUUAACUUUAACAACAGAACUCAAUCCUGCAAGGAUCUUCAUCAACAAGGAUUUUUUGGCAGAAUGAUCCCCAAUAAGUUGGUUAAACUAUCAUAAGAAGCUUAAAUGCACCUGUUAGAGGGUAUUUUGAAUUUGACAAUAUGACUUUUCAUUAAAAUUCAAUGUAUGCUAAUUUCCAAAUUAACAGCUGUAUUAGAAGUGAUGGAUUUAUCUUCAGAUAUGCAGAGAAAAAUCUUUAAUCAGGAUUCACAAAGAAUUCUAUUUUUAGUAAUGUUACUGUAUCAAAGAGUGAGGUCAAUCUAUUAUUAUUUUAGGGUUAUGCUGAUUUAGGAGUGAAGGCUACAGACUAAUACUACUUUGAUAUCUCAAGCAUCUAUGCUUUUAACAACACUAUAACUAAAAAGAACAGUUUUAUUCAAUUUAGUCAAUUUGUAAACAACUUUCCUGUCCAAGUUAGAAUCUUUAAUUCUGUUUUCAACGAUUUUAAAUAUAUCACAGGGGGCUAUAUAAUACAAAUGAACUAAAAUGAUAUAAUGCCACUUUUGAUUAACAAUAUUUCUCUGAAUCGAAACAUUCAAGCAUAAUUAGGUUUUAACGCGAAAGAUUAAGUCAGGACUUCGCUUCCAUUGAUAGUUUAGAUAUCAAAUAGCACAUUUAUUAAAAAUGCUCCGAUUUAGGACGCUUUAAUACGAGUUCAAACAAAUACAUAAAUUUAUGUGGAUAGCUCCUACUUCGAGGAAAAUUACUCAUUAUCAAGAGGUAGCGUGUUUUAUGGCGAUUUUAGAGAUGUGUAACUCUAUAUUAAGAAUAGCCAGUUUAUUAAAAAUUAUGCUUAUCUAGGAGGAGUAUUUUUCAUGCAUUUUAAUGGUUACAUUGAAUUACAAAAUUGCUUGUUUCAGGAGAAUUUUGCUGCAAAAGGAGGAGCUGGAAACUUAGAAAAUAAAGGGUACUUUAAUAUUUCAAAUACAAUUUUUACUCUCAACAAGGCACUUCUUUCAUCUACUAUCCACAUCACUGAUUCGUUAGACAAUUAUUCCCUUCUAAACAAUUGUACCUUUAAGCAAAAUAAAAAUCUUAAGAUUAGUGAAACAAUGAUGCUUUUGAGAACAUUUCAACCAGAUUUUCAAUAGAAAAUUACAACGAUACUUUCUAAAGCUAGUACUUCUCAAUAUCAACCAAAAACACUUGACAUGAAAAAUUCAAAAAUUAAGAUUCUCAAUAACUCAUCUAUAACUUAUGAAAGGAACUUCAUUGGCUGCUUCUCUGGCUAUUUAGUAAUGGAUUCUCAUUAUGAGAUCACUAGACAUAUAAUUAGAUAGUAUAUAAGCUAACUGCAAAUCAACAAUUCUUAAAUAUCUGGUUUGAGUUCAUUAGAUCAAGGAGGUGCUAUUGUAUCUCAUAAUUCUGAUCUAAUUAUUGAAAAUUCUAAUUUUGAUUAAUGCUAGUCAAAAAUUGGUGGUUCAAUCGCUAUUAUGUGUGCUGGAAUGAAUGCUUGUAAGUCAAAGAUUUACACAAGUUCAUUUUCUAACAAUUACGCAAUUCUUGAAGGUGGAUCUAUAUACUUUGAUUCUUAUGUUCCAUAAGGGUUAGAAACUAAUACAUUUACUAACAACAUAGCUUAAUAUGGAGAUGAUAUAGCAAGCUUUCCAGUUAAUAUCAACCUUAUAAGCUAAACAAUAUAGACAGUGGCAAGUGGCUAAAAAUACUAAGGGUAUAUAUUGGCAGAAAUAGUUGAUUUAUUUAACAAUAGGAUAAAACUCGAUGUCUCAUACUCAAUUAAUCGGAGAUAAGCAAAUAGAACUUUAAAGAGGUUUGGGCAAUUUUUCAGAUCUUACAUUCAUAGCGAAGCCUGGGUCGACAAAUAUUUUGCAUUGAAGGAGAAGUUUAAAUAAAUGACCAAUGCUAGAUUUGUGAGAUUGGGACAUAUGCACUUGGAUUCAAUCAAACACUGUGCUAAAAUUGUCCUGAAAAUGCAGAUUGCCUUGGAGGACAGGCAAUUAAAAUCUAUUAAGGUUACUGGAGAUCUAGCAACUAGUGGAUUAUAUGCUGAAUAUAACAAAGAAUCGUAAUAAUAUCCAAUGUGCCUCGAUGGUUAUGGAGGAAAUCUGUGUCAAUAAUGUGUAAUGGUAAAUGAUGUCUAAUACACUCGCACAACUGGCAGUAAAUGCGGAAUUUGCCCCAAAACUAAAUUUAACGUGGUCAUAUUUUCAGCAGUCAUUGCGAUAAUUGUUUACCUUUCAAUAAUGAUUAUCUUUAAUAUCAACAGCAGAGAGGAUAGUAAAAUUGGAGUACUUAUGAGAAUUCUGACAAAUUAUCUUUAGAUAAUAACCUAUACAGAUUUAUUAAGUUUGAAGUGGCCAAAUCUUCUGAGAGAAUUCUUCAAUAUAUUCGUAUAAGUGGGUGAUUCUGUUUAAAACUUAAUUUACUUUGAUUGCUUUUUGUAGAAUAAUGUCAUUGCAAAUGAUCAAAACAGCUACACUUAUUUUAAGACAGUAAUUGUCGGCUUAAUUCCAAUAAUCUUAAUCCUGUUGUUUUUAGUUAUCUACUUAAUAACUAGACCAAUUAAAAGACUGGCAAAAAUAUCAUUUAAGCAUUGGACUCUUGUUAGCAGUAUACUAAUUAUAAACUUUGCUCACCCUACUGUUGUCAGAUACAUUUUUAAUAUGUUUUACUGCAUAGAGUUAGACAAGGGAUAAUUAUGGCUUUAAACUGACUUAUAAGUUAAAUGUUGGGAAGGUGAUCAUCUUAAAUUUAGUUUGCUGAUCGGAUUGCCAUUAUUAGUUUUUUGGGCCAUAUUAAUACCACUAGUGGGAUUUAUCUUUCUUCGAAAACAAGUAAAAGCAUAGAAGUAAGAUAUUCUUGAUAGUUUCCAGGUAAAGACAGAUUAAAGUUUGACCAUUUCAAAGAAGCAAAUUAAUAAUAAUUCUUUUAGUUCCUUAUCAAAGGGUCUCAAACCAGAAUAUUAUUACUGGGAAUUCAUUAAUAUGUUUAGAAAAUUAUUUCUGGUAGCUACUAACGUAUUUUUCUAUGAUCAAAUACCUCUUUUUAAAGCAAUGCUUACUCUAAUAAUUCUCUUCUUUGUCUAUAGAUUGCAAAUAAGGUAUAAACCUUACAAACUAGAAUCAAUAAAUAGAUUGGAAGAGUUAGAAAUAAUAACAACAAUAGUUGCCUUUUACGGUGGCAUUUACUUUGUCAACUCUGAAAUAUCUGAUAACGUGAAGUAUGUCACUGUUGGAUUCAUAAUAAUUUUCAAUAUUUGGUUUCUUAUAAAUUGGCUAUACUGUAUAUUGAAAUGCUUAAACUUUAGAUGGGCUAAACUUCUCACUGUUAUCAUUGAAGCAAUAUUCAGAAUCAAAGAUAUUGAUUCAAUCAAAGCAAUAUAAGAUCAAAAUGAAAUAUCCUAACAAAUGACUGCUCAAGGGAAAAAUAAAGAGAUAUCUCUACCUAAUCAUGAGAAAGAGAGGGAAAAAACUCAUUAAAGAAUAGCGAUUUCAAGCUGCUGA